AUGACCCUACGGCGAGGAGGAGGAAGGCAGUGGUGCAACGCAAUCGCUAGCAGCGCCUUCCGGGCUUUCCGUGUGAUGAUCCAGGAGUUGAAGACUAAGGUGGAGCACCUGGCAGCCCGGGAGCAACCGCGCCUCCUGGAGCUCAAAAAGAAGUACAAAGAUGUCGUUAUUGGCGAGGUCUCGGCUGGUAUGGUCGUUGGUGGUAUGCGUGGUAUCAAGGCCAUGGUCACUGACACCUCCGACUUGGACCCUGUUGAGGGGAUCCGUUAUCGCGGUAUGACGCUGAAAGAAGUCAAUGAGAGUCUUCCCAAGGCACCUCUCAAGGGCAAAGUAGGUUUGCCUGAGGGAGCUUUCUGGCUAUUGAUGACUGGUGAAGUCCCUACCCCUGAGAUCGUAUCCCACCUCAACGAGGAGCUGCACCGUCGUAGUUCUCUGCCGGCUGAUGUCAUACAGGUUAUCGAUAGUCUGCCCACAUCCAUGCACCCUAUGACCCAGCUCUCGAUCGGUAUGCUGGCGAUGCAGCCCUACUCCCAGUUCACUCAAAAGUACUCUCAGGGUGGUCUAGCCAAGAAGGACUACUGGGAGUACAUCCUCGAUGAUGCUAUUACUUUGAUCGCUCGUGUCCCUCAAGUAGCUGCACGGAUCUACCGGAGGUCUUUCUAUAAUAGUAUUUUCAUCGAGACCGAUCCUCAUCUGGACUGGGCUGGAAACUUUGCCAAUAUGCUUGGUGUCUCUGAGGACGAGAAUUUCAAAGAGGCGACUCGUUUGUACUUGACCAUGCAUGCUGAUCAUGAAGGAGGUAACGUCUCGUCCCACACGACACACCUCGUCGGCUCAGCUCUGGCUGAUCCCUUCUACUCCUGGGCGGCUGGUAUCUGUGGUUUGGCCGGUCCUCUGCAUGGUCUGGCUAAUCAAGAGUGCCUCAAUUGGCUUACCAGACUCCAGAAGUACCAUCAACGACUUGGCAUUGAGCCGAGUGUUGAGUCUGUGACGCAGUACACGAAGGAUACCAUGGCUAAGGGCCUGGUAGUUCCCGGGUAUGGUCACGCGGUCCUCCGAGCUACUGAUCCUCGUUACGCCCUUGAGAGGGAAUUUUGUCUGCAGCAUAUUGCUGACGACCCGAUGUUCAAGUUGUCCGAGGUAUGUUUUAAGACGAUUCCGCCCAUCCUGCAGGCUACUGGUAAGAUUCAGAACCCCUACCCUAACGUGGACGCCCUUUCUGGCACGAUGAUGCAACACUUCGGCCUCAAGGAGUCGGAUUACUACACUGUUACAUUCGCUGUGUCCCGAACGAUUGGAGUUAUGGCGCAAAUGAUUUGGGCGAGGGUCAUGGCCAUGCCUAUUGAAAGGCCUAAGUCGGUUACUCUUGAAUGGCUUUCUAAGACGGUCAUGCACAAGACCAAGGGGUAGCUGGUCAUCGCUCGGUGGGUAAGUUUUACAUGUCGUAAAUACGGUACGGCAACGUACUGUUUUCAGGGAGACGUGGUAGAAAGAGCCU